AUGCAUCAAGAAAAGACUGAAAAAGAAACACCGUACUUAGGAGUGGUUAUCUCUGAGAAGGUGACUUGGACAGGAGAAUCUGUUGGGUUUAAUUUCCUGAAGAUUAUCUGUGAACAUUUUAAGUCAUCGGAAAAUAUCGGUAAAGCUUGGCUGCUUCACAUUGACAUGCUUUUACAAAGGAAAGAAGAAUUGCUUGCCAAGGGGAAGAUUGAAGAAAUCAUUAUAGGUCACCAAACAGGAAGACAACUGACAACAGAAUUAGUAGGUUGUUUACACAACAUUCUGUGGAAAAAAGCUGCCAGAAGUUUUGAGGUACAAAACUAUGCUGAUGCUCUACACUGGUACUGUUAUUCUCUGAGACUUUAUGCAUCUGAUCAAACGGAUCUGGACUUGGCCAAGCUGCAGAGGAACAUGGCUUCUUGUUACCUGCAUUUGGAACAAUUUGAUAAGGCUAAAGAAGCAGUGACAGAAGCAGAACGAUGUGACCCUACAAAUAUUUUCACUCAAUUUUAUGUAUUCAAGAUUGCAGUCCUAGAGGGCAGCUCUGACAGAGCUUUGAAAGCAAUUACUGCUUUAGAGAAUAUACUAACAACUACAGAACAAGAAGAGAAUGACGUACUUACAGAUAGAUGUUCUGCUGUCAUGGUCCUUACUUUAGCUGCCCAGUUUGCUCUAGAGAAUGAACUACAAAUUGUGGCAGGAAAAGCUUUGGAAUGUUUAGCUCAGUAUUCAGAAGACCCACAACAAGUCCUUACAGCUUUAAAGUGUUUGUGUCGUCUUAUUCUUCCAGGAAUUUCUCAAAUGACAGACUCUGAAAACAAAAAGAAGGAAAUGGAUAGACUUUUGACUUGCUUAAAUACAGCACUCCUGAAACUUGGUCAGUGUUUUGAUAGAAGAGCUUUGCCUUCAGACUCAAGGACUAAUGAAGCUCAUUGGUUUCGAAAAAUAGCUUGGAACUUGGCUGUGCAAUGUGACAAAGACCCAGUGACAAUGAGAGAGUUUUUCAUACUUUCUUAUAAGCUGUCCCAGUUUUGUCCUUCGGAUCAAGUAAUUUUGAUUGCACAGAAAACAUGUUUACUUAUGGCAGCUGCAGUGGAUCUAGAGCAAGGGAGAAGAGCUUCAACAACUUUUGAACAGACCAAGUUCCUGAGUCGUGCACUUGAGCAGAUCCAUAAAUGCAGAGAUGUCUGGAAUCUCCUGAAAGAAACAGGAGAUUUCUCAAGUGAUCCAUGUGAGACAUUGCUUCUGCUGUAUGAGUUUGAAGUUAAAGCCAAAAUGAAUGAUCCAUUACUGGAGAGCUUCCUGGAAUCAGUGUGGGAACUGCCUCAUUUAGAAAGUAAAACAUUGGAAACAAUUGCAUCAUUAGCGAUGGAAAUGCCUGCACAUUAUCCUUCUAUUGCUCUAAAGGCCUUGAAAAAGGCUUUAUUGCUCCACAAAAAUAAAGAGUCCAUUGAUGUUUUGAAAUACAGCAAAUGUAUGCACAGCUUGCUUAACCUCUUAGUGCCAGAUGGGGCACUGAGUGCCGAGCUCUGUCCCCUGGAAGAAGUUUGGAGCUAUUUUGAAGAUGCUCUGAACCUUAUUAGCCACACCGAAGGCUACCCAGAACUUGAGAUUCUCUGGCUGAUGGUCAAGUCUUGGAAUACUGGAAUAUUUAUGUACCUCAGGAAAAAGUAUGUAUCUGCUGAAAAAUGGUGUGGCCUGGCACUGCGUUUCCUUAACCAACUUGGCACCCUCAGGAGAAACUAUGAAACUCAGAUGAAUGCUCUGUACAGUGAGCUUGUGGAAGCAGUAAACAAAAACAAGGGCUCACUUUUUAAUGAAGAGUGAGAACUGCUGGAACAAGGCAUAUAAAGCAGGCAAGCUGACAGCAACUUGAAGAUGUGUGGUCCUGAGAUUUAAAUAUUUAAAU